GCGGCUGGCUUCACAGUUUCACUUUUGUGUCCUGGCGCCUCCUAGCAGCUGAGAUCUCGUGGCUCCCCGGCUGAGCAGACCAGAGACCCUUCCCUGGACUCCAGCACUUCCUCGCUUUGCUUGGUGGGCCCAGGCACCUUAAGUAGAGGUGAAGAUCUGAAGAUCGAGAAUCAUGCCAUCGGCCUUUGAGGAGGUGGUCAAGAGUGCCAUCAAAGAGCUGGACUGCAGAGGAGACCUCAUCCCAGUGGACAGCCUUCGGAACUCCACCAGCUUCAGACCCUACAGCCUCCUGAGCAGGAAACUCUCAAGCUCAUGGUUCUGGAAAUCCCGUUAUAAGUGUGUCAACCUGUCAAUCAAAGACAUCCUGGAACCCAAUGCUCCAGAACCAGAACCCGAAUGCUGUGGCCGCUUCCAAAUCUCUGAUGCCGUUGAUGGGAACGUGCAGGGCCGUGUGGCGCUGGCAAGCAUGGACCAGGGGAAGAUUUCUGGCGCGGCUGCCAUGUCUGGCAGCUGCAGUGCCUCCAUGAACGUGUGUAUACUGCGUGUGACUCAGAACACCUGGGAGGUCAUGCAACAAGAGAGGCACCUGCAGCAGCCUGAGCAUAAAAUCCUGCAACAGCUUCGGAGUCGUGGAGACGAUGUGUUCGUGGUGACAGAGGUGCUGCAGACACUGGAGGAGGUGCAAGUCACCCGGACCCAUGAACGGGAGGGCUCAGGCCAGUUUGCACUGCCUGGAGUCACAUGCUUGCAGGGUGAAAGCAAGGGCCACCUAAGCCAGAAGAAGAUGGUGACCAUUCCUGCAGGCAGCAUCCUUGCAUUCCGGGUGGCCCAGCUGCUCAUUGACCCUACAUGGGAUAUCAUUCUCUUUCCUGAUGAUAAGAAGAGGACCUUUGAGCUACCCUCAUCAAGCCACAGAAGAGAGGACGGCCAGAAGCGGCACGCCUUUAGCCUGCUCACCGCACUGCAAUCCUUGUGUGUGCCACUCAAGCUCCUGACAGAUGGAAUCCAUGAGGAACAGGCGACCAGAGAAGACUUUCAAGGCCUGCGUGCAGAGGUGAAGGCUGGCUCUGCAGAACUGAGGCACUUAGAAACGGAAUUAAGACAACAACUAUUAGAGGACCUCGGGAGACUCUUGCACGACCAACCCAGCAUGGAAGCCUUGGAGGCCUCACUGGAGCAGGGCGUGUGCCGUGGUGGACAGGUGGAACCUCUGGAUGGCCCAGCAGGCAGCAUCCUCGAGUGUCUGGUGCUUCCCUCUGGCGAACUGGUACUGGAACUUGCUGCGCCUGUCUUCUACCUCUUGGGAGCACUGAAUGUGCUGAGUGAAACCCAGCAGAAGCUGCUGGCGGAGGCUCUGGAAACAACGAUGCUGUUGAAGCAGCUGGAGUUGGUGGAGCAUAUCUUGGAGCGGAGCACCCCAUGGCAGGAGCCGAUCUCUAUGUCCCUGCCCCUCAGUCUCCUUGGCAACAGCUGGGAUGAGGAGGCUCCCACCUGGGUCUUGCUAGAAGAAUGUGGCCUAACGCUGAGGGUAGACACUCCCCAGGUGCUCUGGGAACCAAAGUCUCAGGGCCCCACGUGUGCGCUCUAUGCCUCCUUGGCCCUGCUGUCAAGUCUAAGCCAGGAACCUUUCUAGCCUGUAUGCCUCCCUUCCCCCAACAUCCUCAGGUCCCACCCUCCACCCAGGGUAGAAUCUUGCCUUGCAAAGCCUUACUAGGAAAGCCAAGAGCCUAACUCAGCCAUAGAGCUAACAUGCAAUGACGCAGGCCCACGAGUUGGGAAAACUCAAUAAAUGUACAAAGAAAAGAAUA